GGUGGGCAGCACUGCAUUUACUUCAACCAGGUGGCAGCUUUGGCAUUGCAUCGCCUUUUUAAUUAUUUUAUUUACCCAAACAAAUAGCAAGUUUUUCAAAGAUGCACAAGCUCACACCCAACAUAGAGGUCUACUCGGCAGAAGCCCUUCUGAGAAAGGAACAAGAUAUCAAAAUUAAUGCGGAGAUGUCAGCGAUGAGAAAGGCACGAUUGUCCGGCGUGGAGCCGCACCAGGACAUCAAGGACCAGGAGGAGGACUCCCCGGAGGAUGAGCUCAUUUCCAUGGAGACGCUGCGCGAAUCUCCAGUCCAGUGGCCCGAACGAUUUCCCGGCAUGGAUGAGUUCCUAACCAUGAGCGAUACGCCCAUGUAUACGCCCAGUGUGGAUUUCGGCAACAAUCUGACCCCCGAGGACAUGGCCAAGAUACACAAGCUGAGCCAACUCACACCGGAACAGCUGGUGGAGAAGAUUAAGUCAAUGCACGAUGAGAUCUACCAGCUGGGCUUGCGCGAGGCCAAGGAGAUGACCCGCGGCAAGCUGUUGGGCAUCUUUGAUCGCGAGCGUAUGCACAAAAGGCAAACGUGAUGCCCUGGUAACGUCCCUAAACUCUUAAUUGUUAAAAUUAAUUCUAAAUAGGUUAAUAUAUACAUCAAGUCGGUGUUAAAAUAAUGAAAACACGAGUCAUUUUGCAACAAUAACUAACGUUUAUUUCCAAUUAAAGCAGUUUUGGGUCCUACGUUAACACGAUUACACGAUAUUGCCAUGGAUGUGGAACCAGAAGGGGGAAGAUGGCUGGUGGCCAGGGUUGGGAGGUCAAGAAGGCACAGUAUAGUUUGUAAAAUUCCACUAUGCAUGCAUUUUUUAACUUAACAUUCAACACCUAUAAUGAUUGUAAGGUGGGUCGCAAAAAGGGAAAUAAGAUUUAGUUUAUAUACCAAGAUUAGAUAGUUAUUUUAAAGUAUCUUGCUAACAAAUGUCAAGUUUUUCUUUCACUUUUUCGUUGGCCAAAGAA